GGCCACCUCCCCUGACGCGCGCGCGCACCGCCCAAUCGGGGCCGUGUCCGGUGGGGGCGAGAGGUGCCGGGGCCAUGGCGGAGAGCGACUGGGACACGGUCACCGUGCUGCGCAAGAAGGGCCCCAGCGCGGCCCAGGCCAAGUCCAAGCAGGCCAUCCUGGCGGCGCAGCGGCGCGGCGAGGACGUGGAGACCUCCAAGAAGUGGGCAGCAGGCCAAAACAAACAACACUUCAUCACAAAGAACACAGCCAAGCUCGACCGUGAGACAGAAGAGCUGCACCAUGACCGCGUUUCCCUGGAGGUGGGCAAAGUGAUCCAGCAGGGCCGGCAGAGCAAGGGAAUGACACAGAAGGACUUGGCCACUAAAAUCAAUGAAAAACCGCAAGUUAUUGCUGACUAUGAAUCAGGAAGAGCGAUCCCUAACAACCAGGUGAUGGGCAAGAUUGAAAGAGCCAUUGGCCUUAAACUGCGUGGGAAGGAUAUUGGAAAACCGCUGGAAACCGGCCCCAAAGGGAAAUGACAACAAAGCCUCGAAAUCAGUUUGUCCAAACUGGUCUCACCUGGCUGGUUCUCCGUAGCUGCCAGAGUCUCUCUGUGUGUCGCCAAGCUGAACACGAGGGCUCCAGACUUGCUUUGGGGGGGAAAUCUGCCGAAUCUGUACAUGCUGUAAAAAGGCAACCUUAAAGAAGCGAUUUUCUUGAUUUUGUUUUCCCUUCCCUCCUUUCCAGAGAUUGGGGAACUAAACCCUAACAAUACCGCAUCCGAUUUGCCAGAAAAUGCCUGCGUCUCGGUGUGUAGAAGCAGCUCAUGUUAAGAUGCUUGGGGUGGUCUGAAAUGGGGCUGUUUAGUCGGAACAAUAUGGGUGGGGUGUUUUCGAUAUAAAUAAUUUGGGAGAGUUGAUCCGUGUCUGCAUUUGAAACGGUGACUCCCGUCACCGCACCCCAGCAGCGUUUCUGUUUGCUCCCCUCAGCCUGGUUUUAAGAGCUCUACAAUAAAGUUUGAUACCCUUCAUC